AUGGGUCUGAAGUUGUCCAGGAGGUUGGGAUCCAGGCCAGGUUCUCUCAGAAGGGGUGGGGGUGUGGGAGGAUCAAUAACAGAGCUGAGGGAGGACUUUCUGAUGGGGGUGAUGGAGUUGGAGCUGCCCCCCUGCUUUCAGGGGGGCAGCUGGAAUGGGGUCCAGGAGGCAGGUUAUAAAAGUCUUGUCCGUGAGGAGUUUGGUAUCAUCAGUGGAAGAGGAGGAGCUGAGGCCUGGAACCCUCCAGGGCUGGUGGUCCCAGUGGAAGACCAUGACCACGAGUUGGAGUCAUCAGCCAUCACUCCUUUCCAUGAAACAGGGUCAUCAAACUGCCCAGGUCAUUUUCUUGCUGAUGAAGUGGUAUUCCAUGUAGACCUCAUGGAAGCCCAGGACCAUCCGGAACGCUGUGGAGUCAAAAGCAGGAACCUGCUGAAAAUCAGUUUGUACUGA